CUAACCGCAUUCAUCGGCCUCUACGUCGGUCUGGUGGUGUCCACGAGCGACGAGGUCAGGAACUGGAUCUUCGCUGUCACCGCUGGGAUGUUCAUGUACAUAGCUCUCGUGGACUUGGUGAGUGAGGACCUGGGUGGGAUGGUCAUGUACAUAGGGCUCAUGGACUUGGUGAGUGGGGGACAGAGGACCUGGGUGGGAUGGUCAUGUACAUAGGGCUCAUGGACUUGGUGAGUGGGGGACAGAGGACCUGGGUGGGAAGGUCAUGUACAUAACUCUCAUGGACUUUAGUGAGUGGGGGGGGGACAGAGAACGUGGGCGGGAUGUUCAUGUACAUAGCUCUCGUGGACUUGGUGAGUGGGGGGCAGAGAACAAGGGGGGUGGGGGAUAGAUGUUGAAACGGGCGUUGUUCUCUCAGAGUUCACCGUAAAUAAGUAGUUGAAAAAAAAAGUUUAAGAUAAUCCAGGCAUACGAAACAUCCUACACAAGCUGGCCCCAUGCUAAACUAUUUUAAAAUCGUAUGAUUGUGGGAAUUGUUUUGAUUCCAAUACUUGGCGCCAGUUCUUAAACUGUAAGUCACAGAUUCCUCAUCCCAGCCAAACCACACUGACUCCUUAUACAGACAAAACCAAAUAGAAUCCUUAUCUCAGCAAUAACCCUCGCACUCCUUAUCUCAUCAAUACCCUUUGGACUCCUUAUCCCAAUAAUAUCCCAAAAACUCCUUAUCACAUCAUUCUAUCAGCCUCCCAAUCCCAGCAAUACCCUACCCUCUUCCAAAAAAUAAAAACUCAUUCUAAAAAAAAAAAAAAAAAAAAUAUCCAAAAAAACUCCUGACCAAUAAGUUCUCUUCCACAGCUGCCCCAGCUCAUCAAGACCACCGGUGCUUUCCACUUCGCCCUGAACAACGUCGGCAUUCUGAUCGGCUUCGCCAUCAUGCUGCUCAUCGCCAUCUUUGAGGAGAGCAUCAAACUGUAACAGCGCUGAGCUCACCGGGAACACAAAAGGCGGCCGCAAGACGACACAAUUUUUUCGCAAUACUAAAAUAACACUGUUGCUUGGUACAAAGUGAUCUCACUCCCAGGUACGACGCACCUGUUGAAGAUGACCUCUAACAUGACGCCAAUUAAUGCCAGACUCUUUGGCCGAUUGGUAUAUGUCGUGCGCGCUUUGAGACAAGGCGGACCUCUACCCGAUGGAUUUAACUGAUGGAUUUACGGAUGGAUUAACUGUUCGUUACUUUGUGUACAGCGGAUACAUAAAUUGUGUACAGUGAUGUGUUAAGUUAAUUAAAGUAUGUGGUUCCCCCCACCCAAACCACGACCGUAAUUAAAAAUGCAUUUUAGCAGCAUCCAAAGAAAGGUGGCUUUACUUAUUCUAAACUUAACUUGGUCUCCUUCUAGUUCUACACAUUAAAUUCUUUUCCCUGCAAAAAAAUGCUUUCUGCGUCAUUUUUAAAAAAGGAAAGAAUAAAUGACGGCAUAAAUUGGCUUUUCAAAUGAAGACAUGAAAUUAAUGUAUUACACCCAUUACAUCACGUUACACCCAAUACAUCACGUUACACCAUGUAACUGGUGAGCUGUAAGAAGGCCGUGUAUUUUUCAUGGCCUUUAAAAAGCACCCAUCACCCCCCCCCCCAGAUGAAAAUCUGAGGAUUAAAUAACCC